AAUUCGAGGAAAAAAGCAAGUGGAUUUAUUCUCUUACACAGUGGCCAUGGUGUAACUUGUAAGACACGGAGUCUUACACCGUGAUCUGCCGUGAUCCGACCGACCCAGACCGACCAAACUGACGGGUCUCGGGAGGGUCUGAGACCGAGUCUGACCAGGACUGUCAAGACGAAUGAAUCGGUAUGAAUGGUAUAAUGUGGUCUGGUUGGUGUAACCAGUGACCAUCAGAACGCAUUUGCUUAUGUGAAUGAAGUGUGAUUUGAAAAGUGUUGAAGAUGUAUUUGUUGCGUAAACAUUCACCAGCAUAAUGAGAAUCUCCUCAAGGGAACCUUUUGACAAAUUCUCGUUCAGUUUUCCCUGAAAAAAGCCUAACGUUGUCCUCUUUCUUUUAAGUGCUACUAUGUUAGGACAUUUCGGGAAAGAUUACGUGUCAUUAAAUUUAUCAGAACCAGAUGAUGGAACUAAAAAUAAAGAAUGGCCACGAAGAAGCCUUUGGAGGUGGUGGAAACAGCUUUCAAGGUUUCAGCGAAGUUUAAUUUAUAUGUUAGUAGUAGCUGUUCUUCUUCUUGUCAUUUAUUAUUGGCCAACUUCUCGUAUAAAUGACAAAUAUACUGUACCUCUAUUGAAUAGUGUACCUGAAAAGUUGGAGCCCCAUCAAUCUAUUCUUCCACACUCUAGCAAGCUAACAGAAACUGAGAAUGAUAUACCGAAACAUGAUGCGGCAAAAGAAGUUCCUGUUCAAGCUGAAGAACCAGAAGUGCAAAAGGACAUUCAUAUUGAAGAAGACCGUGUAAAUAAACAUUCAAAGCAAGUACAACUUCUACCAGAGGAUGCCUCUAAGUUUUCAGGUCCUUCCAACGAAAGGCAAAUAGCUGUUGUGAAUGCACUGAAACACGCAUGGAGAGGCUAUAAAAAAUUUGCUUGGGGUCAUGAUCAUCUCCGUCCUAUAUCAGGGGGAUACCAAGAUUGGUUUGGUCUUGGUUUAACAAUUGUUGAUUCCCUUGAUACUCUGUACAUAAUGGGUCUUAAAGAAGAAUUCACUGAAGCUCGAGAGUGGGUAUCUAACAACCUACAUUUUGAAGUAAACCGUGAUGUUAAUUUAUUUGAAGUCACUAUACGUGUUUUGGGUAGUUUGCUGAGUACUUACCAUUUGUCAGGAGAUAAAAUGUUCCUGGAGAAAGCAGUUGAUCUUGGUUCACGUUUGCUGCCAUGUUUUGACUCCGAGUCUGGCGUUCCAUUUUCUGAUAUCAAUCUGUCAACUCGGAAGGCACAUUCUCCAAAGUGGAGUCCUGACAGUAGUACAUCUGAAGUAACUACCAUACAAUUGGAGUUUCGAGAUCUGAGUCGGUCAAGUGGAGAUCCAAGAUUUGAGGAAUCUGCUGCCAGAGUUUCACUUCAUGUACAUAACCUUCCCAAGAAAGAAGGUUUAGUUCCAAUCUUCAUCAAUGCAAACACUGGCAAUUUUCGUACGUAUUCUACUAUUACAAUGGGGGCUCGAGGUGAUAGCUAUUAUGAAUACCUUCUGAAACAGUGGCUUCAAACAGGAAAAACAAUAGACUACUUGAGGGAUGAUUAUGUAGAAGGCAUAAAAGGUGCAACUAAAUAUUUGACCAGGACUACAGCACAAAACAAAUACUUAUUUAUUGGAGAGUUGUUGGCAGGAGGAAGAGAUUUUAAGCCUAAAAUGGAUCAUUUGACAUGUUACUUGCCUGGAACAUUAGCUCUUGGUGUCCAUAACGGCCUUCCUGAGGAGCACAUGAAACUUGCAGAGGAUCUUCUUUCAACAUGCUAUCAAACUUAUGCCCAACAACCAACAUUUUUGGCUCCAGAAAUCACUUACUUCAACAUCCUUGAUGAAACAAAUGCUGACAUAUAUGUCAAAAACAGUGAUGCACACAGUUUACUAAGGCCAGAAUUUGUGGAGAGCUUAUGGUACAUGUUUCAAUUUACUGGAAAUAAAAUGUAUCAGGAUUGGGGAUGGCAAAUUUUUAAGGCAUUUGAAAAAUAUGCAAAGGUGCAAAAUGGGUAUACAUCAUUAGGCAAUGUGAAGAAUCCUGCCAACACAAAGCCAAGAGACAUGAUGGAAUCAUUCUUUCUCAGCGAAACUUUAAAAUACUUAUACCUACUUUUUGCUGAUGAUCGGUAUUUGCUCGACUUAGAUAAAUAUGUUUUAAAUUCAGAAGCUCAUCCUUUACCAAUAUACAGCACAUGAUCCAGGAUAAAUGAUUUCUUGAAUGUUAAAGACUAUAUUCUUAGCCACAAAUAAUUGUGGUUUCAAGGAAUAAGUGUGAUCCACUAGAAAGUAUGUUAGUUUUACUGGCUGCAUUCAAAUUAUUAUCAAUAUCUUGGAACAUUCAGUAUAGAAUGAGUACAUGUAAAAAUCAGUACAAUGAAAAAAUACUUCAUAGAAUGGCCACCAACUUGUUUUGAGAAAUGUGCCUCAUUACUUAGAGAUGAAAGACUGAAAAACAUUCAGCAGUCAUAUGCAUUCAUAGUAACUAUUGUUCGUGAGGUCAUUAUUCUCUUAUUUUAAGAAUUGGAUCGCACAUCUUAAAUUACUUGUAAAUUAAUGAGGCAAGGAUCUGGUCAUUGUUUUCUCUACAUCCUUUCCUCUAAUAGUAUAUUAUUUCUUUUAUAAUUGGAAAUUUAACCAGAUAUAAGUGAAAAUAUGAAAUCUAAACUACUCAAAUGAUCAGAAUGAGAACACUAGGAAUAUUUUGUUACCAAUGUUUAUCACUUUUCUCAAUUUUCACUAGGCUGCAGAAAUUGCAGUCCUUCCAAAAUUUAACACUAGUGGUAACAGUCAAACUUUUGAAGUUAGUAUAUACUAUAUAGUAAUUGUUUGAAUAACCAGCAUUAUGCCAGCUUUUCUCUGAUGGAAGUUGCUGUAGGUCAUUUGAAACACCCGAAAUUCUGAUUCGUUGAAGAAAAUGGAGAUUGUAAUGCAAGGUUGACUGUUGUUUGUCAAUUGAUAAUUAAUUAAAUUUUGUACAUUUGUAUAGAUAUAUGAAAUUCUUCAAUUUAUUCAACAGAGACCUAAAAUAACCAAAUGUAGGUUUACGUAAACAAAACUGCAGUAUUCAGAACAAAAUGCAGUAUUUGAAGACUGAAGAACUCUGGUCUUCUAUAGUCAUUGUUUUAAUAUAUUACUUUCUCUUUUCAGUACAUUCCUUUCAGUGAUACAUGUGCAAAAUAGAUUAAAAUGUCAGUAUUCAUCUUCAGUUAUUGAGCAUUUCAUUCACAUUCCAUUUUACAGUGAACUCACUGAAAUUUGGUAAAAAUAGUAGCCAAAAUGUGGCAGUCAUGGGCUUCACCAGCACCAAAUUAUAGGGGGGAAGACUAUACAAUAGAGGAAAUACAGAUUACUGAAGAAUCCCCUCCAAUAUACUCCACAUAAUAAAAAUUACCUAUGGUGGCAGUUAAAUAAUUAUUUAUGUAAUAGCAUGAAAAUGGAAAGUGGAAAUACUCUAGGGGGAAGAGGUUAACAAUUGUCUUCAAUAAUCAAAUCUGCCCAUUAUGUCCUAUUGCAGAAUUUCUAUUUAUCAGGACAGUGGCGGAAUUUCAUGUGAAAUUUCCAGAGAAGUUUUAAUAUAAAGCUCAUAUGUAGUAAACUUAAAAAUUUGUCUAGUUUUUGCAACAUGGGGGGGGGGGAGCAACAAUUACCUAUAAGCCCCCCCCCUCCCUCUAAAUCAUGUGUGUAAAAUAUCCAAUGAAUAACCGAACAUACAAAAGCAUUUGAGCUACUAGUAAUUAAAACAGUAAAGGUCAUCACUUAUAGUAAAAUGAAUUUACAUUGCAAGACAUUUCUUGUAAUAAUUGUAAGUGGUUUUGUUUUGUAAUUUUUAUUUUUAUCGAAAUUAAAUGCCAGUUUUUGUUCCUUUAAAUAGAAGUACAAUUUUUGCACAAAGCCAUUCCUACUCUUUUUGGUUUGUUCCGUUUCACAGCAAAAAUUAUUUUAAGAGUCUAUCUCUUAAAUACAGACAAUUUUCAAAAUUAAAGAUGAUAUUGUUUUAAACAAGUAUCAGUGUAGAAAGAUAAAAUGAGAAGAGUGAUAAAGAAAAUGUGUUUUUAGGUCUUCCUUGUAUUGGUAAUGUGUGCUUUGAAGGGACUCCACUCUAAAAAUACACUGUUGUAAAAGAAAAAAAAGCAAAUCGUAUUUAAAUUGGUCUGUUUCUUCUCUCGGUAUGUCAAGAUGUGUAAAGGCACCUUUUUUUAUAGUUCAUCAAAAAGGCAUCAAGUUUUUUGCAGAAACCUGCUACUUGCAUUGUGUUCUGCAGUCAACAUUGCACACCUUCAGCAAUAAAUUCGAAAUAUUAUAAAAUUGUGAAGAAAGCGGUUUUAAGAUGUAAUUCAUAUGGAUUGGGUUUUAUAGUAUAAUUUAUUCUUAACUCUGUGAGAGUGCAAGUUUCCUGAGUAAUACUCAGUGUUUAACAUACUCAAAAUGUAACUGAUGUUUCAAACCAAAGACUUGUGCAUAAUUUCAUAAUGUGAUUAUUGAAUGUGUAAAUGAAGUCACCAUUUAAAAGGUUGUCUCCUUUGUGCCUGCAUACAUCAAGUUGCUCUGCUUUUGUACAUGAAACUAGUAUGUAACUUCCUGCUAUUCGGGUGUUACAUUAUGUAUAUUGUACAUAUGAAAACAUGUUAUGUAUUCGAUGAAGGU